CGUUCCAUUUUGUCGGGCUUAAAAUAUAUUCGUUCAAGACCCUCAAGAAAAUAUUUUCCCUUUAGAAAUCCGCGUGUUUGGAAACAUGACGGGAGCAGGCCUUUCUGACGACGAUGAAGAUGCUGAGGAAGAAGAUGAAGAUCAGCAAAACCAGUUAAUUGAGGUUGAGGAUAUGGAGGAUGAAGAAGAAAUUGAUGGGGAAGAAGAAGGCGAAUAUUUGAAGGAAAAUGUUGAGGAGGAAGAAGAAGACGAACAUGAAGAUGAUUUGGACAAUUUGGGAUUUUAGGGGGAUUGGGCGUUUUGAAGUUUUGAUAUUUUGAAUUUAACAUUUUGAAAUAA